CACUGCUGGGCGUAGUUCUUCCUUGUCAGUAAAUGGAGAGAGUACAGCAGAAUCUACCAAUGCUAUUUUUCUUGAAUUUCUUCCUAACUCAGAGAGCCCAGUUUAUCUCCAUCAAAUAAAACAACUUAAAGUGUAGUUGGAAGAAACCAGAGAUUUCAAGCUUUGAAUGACGGGUGUCUUACAAGAUCACUGCAGCUAAGCUGAAAAGGCAGAUGCAGCUCUGACUAUCAGAUUGAGUGAGCUUGUGCAUGUACAUGAAUAUACGCACGUUUCUGUUGUCACAUAGACUUACGCUUGCAUAUUCCUGAGAGUUUCGCAAUUGAUGAAAAUUAAUUUAAGAACCAGAUGGAGCACCUUUGCAACGCGAGAAUCAGUAACCCGUGGAAAGGCACCUGCCACUAGUGUUCAACUUUCCACAUGGUAUGCACGGGUGAAAAAGAUUUGCAAGAAGAAGAAGAAAAAACACCCUCUACACAGAAAAAAAAUAAUAAAUACGUCCCCCGUCUAAAUCAAUAAUUACAAGGGAAACAGAAGAAGACGGAGUAGAAGAAAUCAACUUUGUUAUUGCAGAGGAACAAUGAAUGAUCUUUGGCACAUUUUCCAUUGGGCUCAAUAGAUUGUGACUGGACUAAUAAAUCGUGACCACAUGUUGAGUAGUGAUGACUGGAAGCAAAUACGUUCAGGAACUAUGGGACAAGUCUGGGCAUUGAACUGAACAAACCUCGCUGUCCUUCUUGAGUUAGCCAGAUCAUCAAACUUGCAUAUUCUUUCUCCCUCUCCUUUUUCUUCUUUUCACUUAGUGUGGUAUAAAUACUAAUUAAUUGAGCUCAUAAAUGUUAUUCAAAUAAAACGGUUGGAAUACUUCAUAUGUUUCCUUCUUGUACAGCUGCAAAUGUUGUGUCUGGAACUAUGAAUCAGUGCUGUAGACAAGCAUCAAGAAGGAAAGAUCCACUCAAACAAACAAGGAAAAUAUCUAGAGAAAUAGUGCAACCUGGAAGUCAGAUUUUUAAUGCUGCUUCUCUUUCUUUUUUAGAUGAUUAUAUUUCUUCCUUCCGUGAAUUUUAGAAGAUUUGAAAAGAGUGCUUAUUUGAUGUGCUUUAAUUCUGGCAUUUGUUUUUAUGAUAGGAUGAAAAGUCUGUGAUUCUUUGUAGCAGGAAAAAAAGGGAAAAGUAAAGGAAAAACAGCUUGACAUUUAGCCCGUUUUGGACAAGACAGAACUUCAUGGUUCACCUGAGGCAAACUUACCUGCUUUAAAAGCUUUAGAGGAUUUUUGAUUUUGCUAAGUGAAGAGGGGGUUUCUUUUUCAUUCGUGUGUGGCAGCAAAAAGUGGGAAAGCAGGCAAGAUAGCGUGACAAACGGUUCAGGCUGUGUUGGGUCUCUGGUGGAAAAAAAGUGCUGCAAUGAAAAUUGGAUUGGCUUUGGAUUGCAAAAACUGUUGAGUCCAACAAGUGGUUCAGUACCAAGAGGGAUUUCCCAUCUGGCCGGGCACACCAGUGCCUGCGCAAGUUCGGGUCUGUUGUUUCGCACGGUUUGUGUGCCUUUUUUUCCCUUUAUGCAAUCUCUUUCAGCUUUAGCAGCAGAAAUACAUCAGAUGGAAACGAUAUGCCAGAGGGCAGCUUGGAAAAGAUGAAUGUCAUAUAUAUACAUAUAUAUGUAUAUGCGUGUGUAUAAAUUUCUGCAACUGAACUUUUGAAGAAAAACUGACUGGAGGAAAUCUUAAAAGCCUUAAGUUACUUGAAACCUACACAUUUGCAACUCUUUGUCUCUGGAAUUGCAUUACGCUAAACUGGAAUCUCAGGCUGUAUAAAGAUUAUAUCAAGUUGAGCAAAAAGAUGACUUAACCAUUUCUUGAGCGCCUCUUAACGAAGUAGCUGCUUCUCCAAAGGAUAAGUGCACCCUCACUCUAUGGACUCGAAAACAAAAAUGAACCUGAAUUUUUUUUUAAAUGUUACUUUUUCUUAGCCAACUGCCAUCGUCUUUUAUAGAGGAAUUUUUCACUAUGCAUUUGGUGGAUAUUUAUAAACACUGACCCCAUCCUCUUCCCUUUCAAUGAUCUAUCCCAGGUCAGUCUUAUCAAUAAAAAAAAAAAUUGAUUUAAAUUUUGUGCACUAGACAUAUUACUUUCUUAUGUCAAAAAAUAAAAUAUUUAAAAAGCAUGUAUGCAGCAGUGGAACAUGGGCCUGUUCUUUGCAGCGAUUCCAACAUCCUCUGCCUCUCCUGGAAAGGGAGAGUUCCCAAAAGUGAGAAGGAGAAACCAGUGUGCAGGAGACGAUACUAUGAGGAAGGCUGGUUGGCAACAGGCAAUGGCAGAGGAGUUGUAGGCGUCACUUUUACUUCCAGCCAUUGCAGGAGAGACCGGAACACCCCUCAGAGAAUCAACUUCAAUUUGAGGGGCCACAACAGUGAGGUUGUGCUGGUGAGAUGGAAUGAACCAUUUCAGAAACUAGCAACCUGUGAUGCAGAUGGAGGAAUAUUUGUUUGGAUACAAUAUGAAGGCAGAUGGUCUGUGGAGCUUGUGAAUGAUCGUGGAGCACAGGUAAGCGACUUUACAUGGAGCCAUGAUGGGACUCAAGCACUUAUCUCCUAUAGAGACGGAUUUGUGCUGGUCGGUUCAGUCAGCGGACAAAGGCACUGGUCUUCAGAAAUAAACUUGGAGAGUCAGAUCACCUGUGGUAUAUGGACUCCAGAUGACCAACAGGUACUGUUUGGCACCGCUGAUGGUCAGGUUAUUGUCAUGGACUGCCAUGGCCGAAUGCUGGCCCACGUUCUCCUUCACGAGUCAGAUGGUAUCGUCAGCAUGUCCUGGAACUACCCCAGCUUCCUGGUGGAGGACAGCAGUGAGAGUGACACAGACUCCGACGACUAUUCCCCUCCGCAAGAUGGACCAGCUGCAUAUCCAGUCCCGGUGCAGAACACCAAACCACUUCUUACUGUCAGCUUCACGUCAGGAGACAUUAGUUUAAUGAACAAUUAUGAUGACUUGUCUCCUACUAUCAUCCGCUCAGGGUUGAAAGAUGUGGUGGUACAGUGGUGUACACAGGGAGAUUUACUUGCGGUGGCAGGCGUGGAGAAACAAAGUCAGCUAGCUGAUCUUAGCAAUGGUUCCAUGUUGAAAAGUGCACUUGUCAAGUUCUACAAUGUGCGUGGGGAACAUAUCUACACUCUGGAGACACCUGUUCAGCGUCCUAUCAUCUCGAUCUGUUGGGGUCACAGGGACUCACGCCUGCUGAUGGCUUCUGGACCUGCACUGUAUGUUGUCAGAGUAGAGCACAGGGUCUCCAGUCUGCAGCUUCUAUGCCAGCAAACCAUCGCUAGCUGUCUGCGGGAUGACAAGGAUAUCAGCAAACUCACCCUGCCUCCUCGGCUCUGCUCAUACCUCACCACUGCCUUUAUACCAACAAUCAAGCCUCCUAUCCCAGAUCCAAACAAUAUGAGAGAUUUUGUCAGCUACCCAACAGCUGGCAACGAACGGCUUCACUGCACUAUGAAGCGGACGGAGGAUGAUCCGGAGGUCGGUGGUCCAUGUUAUACUCUGUACUUGGAAUACCUUGGGGGGUUGGUGCCCAUACUGAAAGGACGUCGUAUCAGCAAGUUGCGGCCAGAGUUUGUCAUCAUGGAUCCUAAAACAGAUGGAAAAGCAGAUGAAAUCUAUGGAAACAGCUUGAUUUCCACUGUGAUUGACAGCUGCAACUGCUCUGACUCCAGCGAUAUCGAACUGAGUGAUGACUGGGCAGCAAAGAAAUCUCCUAAAAUCAGCCGAGCUAGCAAAUCACCCAAACUCCCCAGAAUCAAUAUAGAAGCUCGCAAAUCUCCAAAGAUGUCACGAGCUGCACAGGAGAUAUCAAGAUCUCCGAGGUUACCAAUAAGGAAACCUUCUAUUGGUUCACCAAGCCUAACCCGAAGAGAGUUUCCUUUAGAAGAUAUUACUCAGCACAACUACCUUGCUCAGGUCACGUCUAACAUCUGGGGAACCAAAUUUAAAAUUGUGGGUUUGGCUGCUUUCCUACCAACUAACCUUGGUGCAGUAAUAUAUAAAACCAGUUUGCUGCAUCUUCAGCCCAGGCAGAUGACAAUAUAUCUCCCAGAAGUGAGGAAGAUUUCAAUGGACUACAUUAACUUGCCUGUCUUUAAUCCAAAUGUUUUCAGUGAAGAUGAAGAUGAUUUACCAGGUAAGGAGGAACUGGAGCUCAACCAUAUUAUGGCUGCAGUUCCUGAAGGCCUGUCCCACGCCGCGCUCGCCCUCACCGCAGCCCUUCGGCCGCGGGGAGCCCUGGCGUGGUGCCGCAGGCGGGAGGCCGGGCGGCGCGAUGGGGGGCCACCGGUGGAUCUCUGCCUGAAAAAGGGAGAGUUUUCCCUUUACCCGGCAGGGCACUAUCAGACCCCCCUGGGAUACGAGCGCAUCACUACGUUCGACAGCAGCGGGAACGUGGAGGAGGUGUGCCGACCUCGCACCCGGAUGCUCUGCGCCCAGAACACCUACACCCUGCCGGGGCCCGGCAGCUCGGCCACGCUGCGGAUUACAGCCACCGAGAAGAAGAUUCAGCAGCCCUGUUCGAGCGCGACCCUGAACAGGCUCACCGUCCCUCGUUACUCCAUCCCAACCGGGGAUCCGCCACCUUACCCUGAAAUUGCCAGCCAGCUGUCACAGGGCCGAAGCAUCGCCCAGAGGCUGGACAGCACUAUUAUUCAUGCUACUCUGCGGAGGAACAGCAGAGAGGCAGCUCUGAAAAUGGCUCAGCUGGUUGACAGUCAACGAGCCACUUUGCAGCUUCCCCCAAAAGCCAAGAGCAACGUUGUGGCAGCACAGUACCAGCAGAGAGCACCCACAGCUUUGUACACCUGCAGCCAGUGCAGCAGCAGUAGCAGCAGUGGCAACGGCAGCAACAACACAAGCACCGGUGGUGUGGGGAACAUCCCUAACGCCAAUGCUAGUAGCAGCACUUCCAGUAUUAGUGGUCUGAGACCUGACCUAAGCACAGGGAGUAGCUCCCAGCAUAGCUCUGUCAUUGCUCACUCUGUCAGUACUUCGCCUCUGGCUUCCCAAUCCUCUUAUAGCUUGCUGAGCCCACCUGACAAUUCCCGUGACCGGGCAGAUUAUAUCAACUCUGCCUUCACAGAGGAUGAGGCCCUUUCUCAGCACUGCCCAGUGGAGAAAUCAUUGCGGCAUGUCCCAGUGGCCUUGACAGAGGCUGCCAUCGGUGUAAAACGGCCACCACCGUACCAGUGGGACCCUAUGGUGAGUGAGGAGAUAUGGGUUCCUCAGGAAAGGACAUCCCAGAGCUCAGUGCCCAACGCUCUAAAACCUACUCCUCUCAUCAUUGGUCAAACUCAGCAUUUGGAUAUGUCUCGAGUGUCAUUUGUUUCCCCUAAGUCUCCAACCAGUCCCACUGCCACUUUCCAGACGAGUUAUGGGGUUGGAGUACCUUAUCCAGGAAGCUACAAUGCCCCUCCUCUUCAGGGAAUGCAGCCCCCCUGCUCCCCCAAAGAAGCUCUAGCCCCGACGCAGUUUGCACAGCAGGAGCCAACAGUAGUGCUUCAGCCAGGUUAUCCAUCCAACCUCUCCUAUUGUCCUUUGCCACCUAUGUAUCCAGGAAGUAGCACUUGCUCUAGUUUACAGCUGCAGCAGAUAGCCUUGCACCCGUGGAGCUCCUACAGUGCAUGCCCGCCUGUACCAAAUCCCCAAGGCACUUUGCCCCUGAAGCCGCUGCUUGUGGUGGAGAAGCCGGUUAUGUCUCCCCCGCCAGCAGAGCUUCAGGGUCACGUGGGCACAGAGGUAAUGGUGGAGACAGCAGACGCCUUUCAGGAGGUUCUCUCCUUGACAGAAAGCCCUGUUCCUCAAAGGACAGACAAAUUCGGCAAGAAGAACCGGAAGCGCCUGGAUAGCCGAGCUGAGGAAGGAAGCGUGCAAGCUAUCACUGAGGGCAAGGUCAAAAAGGAGGCAAGGACGCUAACUGACUUCAAUUCACUAAUAUCCAGCCCUAGGCUGGGGAGGGAGAAGAAGAAAGUCAAGAGCCAGAAAGACCAGCUGAAGUCCAAGAAGCUGAACAAGACAAAUGAAUUUCAGGAUAGUUCAGAGAGCGAGCCAGAGCUUUUCAUCAGUGGGGAUGAACUGAUGAACCAGAGUCAGGGCAGCAAAAAGGGAUGGAAAACCAAAAGGAAUCUGAGAACAGCCAGUGAGCUGGAUGAAUUCAAAUGCCGGAAGGCCAAUGAAAAGGAAGAUGGACGACUGGGGAGCCAGGGCUUCGUGUAUGUGAUGGCCAACAAGCAACCUUUGUGGAACGAGGCAACACAAGUGUAUCAGCUGGACUUUGGAGGACGAGUGACCCAGGAGUCUGCAAAAAACUUCCAGAUUGAGCUGGAAGGACGACAGGUAGGAAGGCAGCAGCAAGCUGCCUGGGGAGGCAAUGCUUACAUUUUGGACUUUCAGUAUCCAUUUUCUGCAGUGCAAGCCUUUGCUGUUGCUCUGGCUAAUGUGACUCAACGCCUCAAAUGACCAAGCAGAGACUGGAGAGAGGAAAAUGUUAGAACCUUCUUGUAAAGUCCAAACCGGAAAAUGUCAGGGCAGCCUGCUUUAGGUGGUGCCUGGGUGGUGCCUGCGCAGAGGUGCCUGGGAGCGAAGAAGGCAGUAAAACUGGAAAAGUCUCUUGGUGCCCAAAACAAGGGCAUUAACUCUAAUCAGUCAUGGGGUGGAGGGUGGGGGGGGCUAUUUUCCGUUUUGUUUGUUCAUUUGUUUGCUUUCAGAUGUUUUGUGUUUUGUUUUGUUUUGUCUUGUUUUGUUUUUUAAACAUUGUGCUGGGUUUCAGAAAGAGUGAAGGGUUGAGAGCCAUUCGGUGUUAUGUGGAGAAGUGUGGCUUUUGGCGUGUUGUGGUGGUUCUGCUGUGUUUGCUACAAUAGCUGAUGUAAGCUCAUAGGGGGAUUUAAAAGACUGCUUUUUUUUGAUAGACUGCCUUAUAUCAUGCUGUUCUUUUUAAAACAGGGAACAUAACUUUUUUUCUGGUCCAGUUUGUACUACUACUACUAUUACUACUACUACUACUACUACAUCAAUGAUAGCAGCAAAAAAAGAAAAAAAAAGAAGCUAUAAAUACUUGAAGGCACGUGUUUCUUCUCUGAUCUCUGAUAAUAACUGAGCACCACAGGUACCAAGGAGGCUUAUGUAGGUCAAUGUUUAAUUUAUAAAUAAUGAUGUAUUAUUCAGAAGAUAAACAAAACUGUUACCUUUGGGUGAUUUCAAAACCCACUGUAUCAAAGAAGUUGAUGUCUGCUUGUUUCAUGUGCUGUUAUUGGGGAUAAACAUGUUUCCAUAGGUGACAGAAAACAGGGAAGGAAAGAAUUGUGGGCCUUGCUUCUUUGCUUGUAUUGAUCAGCAGUAUUCUUUGAUUUGGACCAUAGUUUGGUGAGGUCCGUUGUGAUCAAUUGUACCUCACAGGACAGGUCAAUAGGUUCUUCAUUUAAAUGUGUUUACAUUUUAAAAUCAAAGUCUUUCAAGUGAAUGAAAUGGGCCUCGUGUGUUCAGUCUUCUUAGGAAUCAAUAGGAAUUGAUAGGAGUCGAAUUCCACAUUAUAUCAGUGCUUGAACGGAGAAGGAGACAGGAGUAUAGGAGGUCCUUACAGGAAGCAAUUUCACAUAAUGAUUGACUGGAAAAAAACUGAGCUAAAAGAAUAAGGAAAAAUUGGACAGAAUUAUAAUUUUGGCACCUUGCUACUUGAGCACUCGAUUUGUCAUUGUAGUUUGAGAAUAUAACACUCCAGAUAAGAGUGGGAAGCCAAAGUUUAGAUGGGGGAGGGCUUUUUAACAGUAGCAUGACUGUUGCUGUCUGCAGAUUUUUCUGGUAGACAUCUGACCUCUUGAGCAUUUCAGAAGGGUUGCUUGCAUAGAAGAGUGUUUGUGUUGUCCAUUUGGCGUGCACAUAUUUAUUUGCUUUCUCUCUUUCCUCCUUUCCUGCAUUUUGCUAUAGGAUAUGUUUUAGUGUGGAAGUAGUUUCCUCAAUAAUACACAAAAACCUUAAUUAUUGGUGUAAUUACUUGGACAGUAGAUUACAAAAUGUAACUCCAGAUUUCCUUCAGAAAUUACUCCUUUGAGUUGAGAGCGCACUAAGAAAAAAAUGAUGGUUGAGGUGUCAGUGGCUGCUUUGCCUUUAUUUUUCAUCCACAGUUUAACUUCUUACUAGAAAAAUCCUGUGUAAGUUAAAAUAGAUAGGUGUGGUUUUCCAUCUUUUUUUUUUUAUGCUAACAGUAAUGCAAAUGUGUUACACUUGAUUCAUUCUAGAGGAACACAACAGGACCUGCUGUAGCAGUUACCAAAAUGCAGUGUGCUAAUAACUUCUGCCUCGGCUGAGGAUGCUAAAGUCUUACAGCCUAGAGGAAAUAAUACCGGUCAGAGGGGAGUUUCAGGGAGUUGCCAAAAGGGUUGAUGAGGCAGAUCAUCUACAGGCAACUUCCAGCAAUGUGCGUCCAGAAAGAACCAUCUGCAAGAUGGUUUCCUUGGAGAGAUGGAGUACAGGCGGGAAGAAAGGAGAGGAGGAGGUAGAUGGUACAGUGCCUCUAUUAUCCCAGCUCAGCAGCUUCUGGUUGUAUGUGGAAGUGGUCAGACACCACAGUCCCCCUUGGCAUUUAACAGAUUGCUGUUUACUUUUGUUAAUUAAUUUUGUUGAAUUUCUUCAGUUAUCUGGGCUCAUUUGUGUUCCUUCUCACGUCGAUUCGGUAGUUUUCUUUAAGUGACUUUAUGUAUACUAUGUGUGGGACAGAGGAAUGCAUAUGGAUUUGGUCUUGUUCCCUUUAAAAUGAAUGGAAAUUUCUGCUUUUGAUUCUUGUGAGGAAGCAGUAUUGGGCCCUUUGUCUAUACGGAGUUAUAUGCUGUACAGAGUGGUCGGUCAAAUUCUCAGUUCACUGAUUUCAACACCCAGGGAGGAAAGUUGCCUAAUCAGAGUCCUUCCCUGCGCAAAGGCCUAGCCUAACCAGUCGUACCUUAGUCAGAGUAUAACAGGCGUACACUGAACAACAUAAGACCAGAAACAUAUCAUGGGUUUCUUUCUUUCUGAAAGAAGGGCCAUUGAGUCACAUAUUAGAAAUCUUCAGCAGGUUACGCAUUGCCUGUAUUUUUAAGCCAAAGGUCCUCUAUGUGUACGUUUUUCUGAACUAAUCAAAAUGGAAGGACUAUGAUGUGCAGUUUCUUUAGCCUUCCAGGGAACAGCAUACCUCUUCAAUUGGUUCAUAACCAAAUUUUUCCAAUUAUCAGCAGUUUUAUGCUAGUGUAGGAGAACCACAGCAUGAAACCAGAUAUAACAAAUAGCAGGGUUAGUGAUUUGGUUUCAUCAGCCAGCGUCACGAUUGCAUUGUUGCGGUGGUGUUUACGAAGAACCCCGGCAUAGAAAGAGACCUGGUCUCUGCCCCAAGAAAGUGCAAGUGGUUAAGUAUCAUAAAUAAAUGUAAUUUCCAACAUCCUUCUUGUUUACUUGUCAGCAAAUAUUAUAGGAUAGAAUAUACUAUCUGGAAAUAUAUUGGCAGAGUCCCUUUACUUGAGGAUUUUAGUGGCACAGAGAAUACCCAGUAUUCGAGGUCUACUCUAAUCUCAAAUAUGUAGAAUUGUAAUGAAAGUUGUGGCAAUUAGGUAGAUGACUGAGAGUGGAACUGGAUCCUAAAUUAUACGAAAAUGAGUGACAGUUCUUUUAUUUUUCAUUGAAAUAAAAUAUGAGAAAGAGCUUUAAAAGCCCCUCACAAAAUGAAGAUUGCUGUUACAUUCAGCCCAUACAAAAAUUUUACAUUUUAUAUUUUAAGUAGUAAAACCCAAGUUUUCUGUAGACAGAUAACGGAGUUCUACUAGAAAGAAUGUAGCAGAGAAAUAUAUAAUUCUUUUAUAGACACAGUCAGUUCCAGUAGUUAAAUAUGAUUUUCCAAAGCUUUUUUUUUAGUUGUGCAAUAAUUGUGACAUUCUAGGGGUUUAUGGUUUUUUUGUCGUUUGUUUUUUGAGGGAAUUUUGAGUGAUUUUUUUUAAAUAUAAUUUAAUGCAGAUUUCCUGUUGAUGUCCAAAAGACAAAUUAUUUAUCUUACUUAAUGUAAUAAGUGACUUAGGGAUUAUUUUAUUACUAAGUAUUAGUGAGUUAUACACACUUCCUUAUUUAUAUUUAAAGAGCAUCUUUGUAAGUAAUUGUUUGCUAGCAGUAUGUUUUGCUGUACUAAGUUAAAAAUGCAUAUAGGAAGACUUGUUUUUGCUGGAUAGUAUGCAAAAUUUCAUAAUG